UCUCCUCAUUCUUGUGCUGGUUAUUAUCUUCUCUUCUUCUUUUGGCUUUCCGCGGCUUGGCCAACUUUUAUCAGUCUUCCUCUGGGGAUUUGAGCAGACAAGCCGACAGUGUAGGCAGUCGACGUGCUCGCUUGUUCUUUUUUUUCCUUCUUCCCUUUUUUUUUUCUCUCCUUUUUCCCAGAAAGCGGUUGUUUGGUUUUUUGGACGGGGUUCAAUUCCCGAGGAUCCAGAUAUAUCUCAUCAAAACCUACACCGGGGGGAUUGUUUGUAGCCUUGGUUUUUAUGUUCUUGUCUCGAUCUAUACCUAGAAAAAGCUUCACCGCCGACGUACGUGGGAUCCAUCCGGCCAGCCAGCCCCGCCUCCGGUGGUUUUCGCUGCCCGGCCGGCCGAUCGUUGAAGUAGAACGACUACAGCUGGUCAGGCAAAGAAAGCGAGAUCGAUCAGGAUGAACACUAGUAGCAGCACGUUUUGCGCAGUCCCACCUGGGUUCCGGUUCCACCCGACGGACGAAGAGCUCGUUGACUACUACCUCAGGAAGAAAGUCAACUCCCGGAGGAUCGACCUUGACGUCAUCAAAGACGUCGACCUUUACAAGAUCGAGCCGUGGGACCUUCAAGAGCUGUGCAGAAUAAUAGGGAGCGAGGAGCAGAGCGAGUGGUAUUUCUUCAGCCACAAGGACAAGAAGUACCCGACGGGGACGAGGACCAACAGGGCGACGACGGCCGGGUUCUGGAAGGCGACGGGGAGGGACAAGGCUAUCUACACGAAGAACGAGCUGAUCGGGAUGCGGAAGACCCUCGUUUUCUACAAGGGUCGUGCUCCAAAUGGCCAGAAGUCCGACUGGAUCAUGCACGAGUACCGCCUCGAGACCGACGAGAACGCCGCUCCCCAGGCAAGUGUGUGUAAAAUCAUACAGGAAGAAGGGUGGGUUGUAUGUCGGGUGUUCAAGAAGAAGAUCACAACAAUGAGAAAGAUAAGCGACCACGACUCCUCACUCUGCUGGUACGACGACCAACUCUCCUCCUUCAUGCAAGACAACCUCGACUCCCCCAACUCCCUCUCCCACCAGCCUCCGCCGCCGGCGCCACCGUACCACCACGGCGGCGGCUUCCCAUACACCACCACCACCACCACCAAGAAAGAGCAUCUUCCCACCACCGACCUCCUCUUCCCAUCCCUCCCACACGACCCCAACCAAUACUUCCUCCAGCUCCCGCUCCUCCAAACCCCACCGCCGGCCACGUCAUCGCCGCCGCCGUCAUCCUACGGUCUAGACGUGAACACGCUGCAUUCUUCACGUCAGCACCACCACCAAAGCUUGAGGUCCAUCUUUGGAAUCGACGGCGGCGGUGAUCACCAGAAGCAGCAGCAAGAUGGAGUGGUGGAUUCGGUGACGGAUUGGAGGGUGCUUGAUAAGUUUGUAGCUUCCCAACUUAGCCAUGAUGAUCAAGUGGGCGGCGGCGGCAGGAAUGUUGAUAAUGCGGCGGCGCCGUCGGCGUCCAGCCCUACUACAACUACUGGGAGCAGUCAGAUCGAUCUGUGGAAAUGA